AGGCCAUGGCUGGUUGGAUUAGUUAUGCCACGUCUGUACAGGGUGGUUGGUUCAGACAAUGGGCAGCCCGGGCCCGGCGGGCGGGCGCUGGGACUGGGACGUGGGUGCGGCGCGGCGCCGUUCGGUCAGCCUGGUGCAGUGACGGCCCCGGGGACAGCGGGGACAGCGCUGCUUGGCACCACGUGAGCCUGAGCCCGGCCGGGCCGCACAGAAAGCAAGGCGGAGAGCCUGGCUCCCGGCCCCUCCCAGCUUUCCUCAGCCUGGGACUGGCCUGAGGGGGAGGAACUAAUUGUCUGCACCAUGGCAAAGCGGGAAGGCAGUACCAGCCCAGUGGUUCGGCAGAUUGACAAGCAGUUCCUGGUGUGCAGCAUCUGCCUUGAUCGAUACCAUUGCCCUAAAGUUUUGCCCUGCCUGCACACCUUCUGUGAGAGGUGCCUGCAGAGCUAUAUACCUGCACAGAGUCUGACGUUGUCAUGUCCUGUGUGCCGCCAGACUUCCAUCCUCCCUGAGCAGGGUGUUUCUGCUUUGCAAAAUAAUUUCUUUAUCAGCAACCUUAUAGAAGUAAUGCAGAGGACCCCUGAUGGAGGCCGUGAUCCCACUGCCCCUCACCCGCUCUGCGCUGUGGCUGGGCGUCCUCUCUCCUGUCCCAACCAUGAAGGCAAGACAAUGGAGUUCUACUGUGAGUCAUGUGAGACAGCCAUGUGUGGGGAAUGUCGAGCUGGGGAACAUGGGGAGCACCGCACCGUGCUGCUCCGGGAUGUGGUGGAGCAGCAUAAAGCAGCCCUGCAGAGACAGCUAGACACCGUGCGCAGCCGGUUGCCCCAGCUGACAGCAGCCAUUGCCCUGGUGGGAGAGAUCAGCCAGCAGCUGGUGGAUCGGAAGGCUGAGGCCCUGGCCCAAAUCAGUGGGGCCUUUGAGGAACUGGAGCAGGCCCUACAGCAGCGCAAGGGGGCACUAGUCAGGGACCUGGAGGCCAUCUGUGGGGCCAAGCAGAAGGUGCUGCAGGCCCAGCUGGAGACACUGCGUCAGGGCCAGGAGCAUAUUGGGAGCAGCUGCAGCUUUGCGGAGCAGGCCCUGCGGCUGGGCUCAGAGACGGAGGUGCUGCUCGUGCGCAAGCAGAUGGGGGAGCGGCUGGCAGCGUUGGCCAGCCAAGCCUUCCCUGAGCGGCCUCAUGAGAAUGGGCAGCUGGAGCUUCUUCUAGAGACGGACGGCCUGCGCCGCUCUAUUCUCAACUUGGGUGCGCUGCUUACCACUAGUGCCACAGCCCACGAGACGGUGGCUACAGGUGAGGGCCUUCGCCAGGCGCUGGUGGGGCAGCCAGCCUCACUGACUAUCACCACCAAAGACAAGGAUGGGCAGCUCGUGCGCACAGGCAGCGCAGAACUUCGGGCUGAGCUGACGGGCCCUGAUGGGGCUCGCCUUGAAGCCCAUGUGCUGGACCACAAGAAUGGCACUUAUGAGCUGGUCUACACAGCCCGUGCAGAGGGUGAACUUCUCCUCUCUGUACUGCUGUACGGGCAGCCUGUACGGGGCAGCCCCUUCCGGGUGCGUGCCCUGCGCCCUGGUGACCUACCCCCCUCUCCUGAUGAUGUCAAACGCCGGGUCAAGUCCCCUGGUGGUCCUGGUGGCCAUGUGCGACAGAAGGCUGUGCGCCGGCCCAGCUCCAUGUAUAGCACAGGAGGCAAGAGGAAGGACAACCCUAUUGAGGAUGAGCUGGUCUUCCGAGUUGGUAGCCGUGGUCGAGAGAAGGGCGAAUUCACCAACUUACAGGGCAUCUCUGCAGCCAGCAGUGGCCGCAUCGUGGUGGCUGACAGCAACAACCAGUGCAUCCAGGUGUUCUCUAAUGAGGGCCAGUUCAAACUCCGCUUUGGCGUACGAGGCCGCUCUCCUGGGCAGCUGCAGCGUCCCACAGGCGUGGCGGUGGACACUAAUGGUGACAUUAUUGUGGCUGAUUAUGACAACCGUUGGGUCAGUGUCUUCUCACCUGAAGGCAAGUUCAAGACCAAGAUUGGAGCUGGUAGGCUCAUGGGACCCAAGGGUGUGGCUGUGGACCGAAAUGGGCACAUCAUCGUGGUGGACAACAAGGCUUGCUGUGUCUUCACCUUCCAGCCCAAUGGAAAGCUAGUGGGUCGCUUUGGGGGCCGUGGUGCCACUGACCGCCAUUUUGCAGGUCCCCAUUUUGUUGCUGUGAAUAACAAGAAUGAAAUUGUGGUGACAGAUUUCCAUAAUCAUUCAGUGAAGGUGUACAGUGCAGAUGGGGACUUCCUUUUCAAGUUUGGCUCCCAUGGUGAGGGUAAUGGGCAGUUCAACGCCCCCACUGGUGUGGCUGUGGACUCGAAUGGGAACAUUAUUGUGGCAGACUGGGGAAACAGCCGUAUCCAGGUAUUUGACAGUACAGGCUCUUUCCUAUCCUAUAUCAACACCACCGCAGAACCACUCUAUGGCCCCCAGGGCUUGGCACUGACCUCCGACGGCCACGUGGUAGUGGCCGAUGCAGGCAACCACUGUUUCAAGGCCUAUCGCUACCUCCAGUAGCUGCUCUGCUGGUUCAGACCUGGAUGGAUAGACAGAUGGACAACACCGCUCCAGGGAUGGGAUGGGCCCAGGACCCCUCCACUGCGGGCCAGAUCAGGGAGCAAUGAAUAUGGGAGCCAUGUGCCCUUUACCACCCCAGGGCCUUCCCCAGGGACCUUCUCCCCAUGUUCACCAGUUGACCUUUAUCCUCCUCUCCUCACCCCUUCCACCCCUCCCCUCCCUCCACCCCAUCCCUUCACGCUGCACUUUAUUUAUUCGGUUCCUGCUUUGGUGACUGGGGUGGAGGGGAGGCUGUGGGGGAGGUGAGCAGGGCUGAGAGGCCUGUGAAAUCUCCCUGAGCUUACCAUCCUGCUGCCUGCCCACUUGCCCACCCACCCACCCAUGUGGUUUUUGGUUUCUACAAGAAUGUGCUAAGCUUCACCCUUAACCCCUAUCCCCACUUAGACCUAUACCCCAGGUAGGGGAUCUGGACCCCCUUUAGGCCUGGUCUUAGCCCCAUCACGUAGAUCAGUUGCUGCCAGUCCUUCUGACCUGUCUCCAGGAGGAGCAUGGGGCAUUCACAGCCAAGGGCUCUGGCUGCCUCAGAGCUGCUUCACGGGGCAGUGCUGUAGGCUGGCAGGCCAUGGUUGCCCCUCUGCCCUCUCAGACAAACUGACAGACACAGUAAUACCCUUGCCCGGCCCGCUUCAAUGUACAAAAUAAACGGUCUCCGUGGCUUCCA